AUGUCUUUCACGUUUUCUGGGAAAUGCAUCAUUGUCACUGGGGGUAACCGCGGAAUUGGGCUUGGGUAUAGCCGCGCUCUGGCUAAGGCUGGUGCCCAAGUAGCAAUCAUCUACAAGAGUAACAAGGAUGCCCCUAAAGUCGCUGAAGAUCUUAAGAAGGAAUUCGGCGUCGAAGUCAGGGCUUACAAGUGCGACGUCACCAAUGCUGAGCAGACAGUUGAGAUGUUUGAGUUCAUCGACAAAGAACUUGGUCCCGUCACAGGUCUCAUUGCAAAUGCUGGCGUUUCUGUCGUGAAGCCUGCUCUUGAACUCACCACGGAGGACUUCUACCACGUGUAUAAUGUCAAUGUCCUUGGCGUGUUCAACAGUGCUGUGGCUGCUGCAACACUUUGGAAAGGCAAACACUUGAAAAACCUUUCGAUUGUUAUCACGUCCUCCAUGAGCUCGCGGAUCAUUAACCAAGCUGCGACAAACAAACCCUUGACGCAAGCCUUUUACAACUCCUCGAAGGCUGCUGUCUCCAACCUUACCAAGGGGUUGGCUGCUGAGUGGGCUGCACAUAACAUCAGAGUGAACGCAGUCUCUCCCGGAUACGUGGAGACGGAUCAAACUCAUAAUUUGCCCGACAGCGUCAUCCAAUAUGAGGCGGACCACAUUCCCUUGAGAAAAUUUGCUACGCCCGAUCAGAUCACAGGCCAGGCACUUUUGCUCUUGUCUGAGGACGGCAACUACAUGACUGGCGGGGAGUAUUUCGUUGACGGCGGCCAGCUUAUCUACUAA